AGUAACCUCCCGGGACACAGCGUGGCCCACGCUCCGCGGAUAUCAGAGCUUCCCAGCUCGCCCACCAGCCUUUGGCCACCAGACGGAUGCACCAGCCGGCACUCGACCUCCACAGGCCGGUAGACGUCCUUCUGCGGACGCCCAAGGAUCCGCACCCUUCUCCAAGCGCGGUCCCGCGAGCGCACAGUCUGGGCAGGAAGGGGCAGGCACUGCGCAGUGGCUUUGCAGGGGCCCUGCGUUACCAUAGCGACCCUGGCCGCGCCCGGGACGCCGGAGCGCGCGCAGCUGGCUGCGGUAGAGGCAGGAGGCUGCGACCCCACUGCUUCCUCCCAGAGACUCCGGAUCCAGGCUCCGCCCCUCAGGUGAGCGCAGCACCCUCUGGCCCAGCAGAAGCAGCAAACAUGCCUGUCUCCAAGUGCCUGAAAAAGUCCGAGCCCCUGCGGAAGGAAUGGGAAAAGAAGGCCCAGAAGAACGGACCGAGGCGCCAGGUAUAUGCGGUCAAUGGCGACCGCUAUUUGGGAGAGUGGAAGGACAACAUGAAACAUGGAAAAGGAACACAGAUAUGGAAGAAGAAAGGGGCCAUCUAUGAGGGAGACUGGAAGUUUGGAAAGCGAGAUGGCUAUGGCACCCUUAGCCUUCCUGACCAAGAGACGGGAAAGUACAGGAAAGCAUACUCGGGCUGGUGGAAAGGCGAUAAGAAAUCGGGCUAUGGGAUCCAGUUUUUCGGACCCAAGGAGUAUUACGAGGGUGAGUGGUGUGGCAACCAGCGCAGCGGGUGGGGCCGCAUGUACUACAGCAACGGCAACAUCUACGAAGGCCAGUGGCGGAACGACAAGCCUGAUGGGGAGGGCAUGUUGCGCCUGAAGAAUGGGAACCGCUAUGAGGGAUACUGGCAGCGAGGCUUGAAGAACGGGUCUGGGCGUUUCUUCCACCUGGACCAUGGUCAGCUGUUUGAAGGCUUCUGGGUGGACGAUGUGGCCAAGUGUGGCACGAUGAUCGAUUUUGGUCGUGAUGAGGCCCCUGAGCCCACCCAGUUCCCCAUUCCUGAGAUCAAACUUCUAGAUCCCGACAGCGUACUGGAGGAAGCCUUCGUCACGUUCAAGAAGACACAAGAUUGAUGCCAGGUGAGGGAGUAGGCACGCCUGUCACCCUCUAUGUGGACGACGCAGCUCCUGAGGUCUCCUUUGGUCGGGGACAGGACCAGAGAGGGUGGGUUUCUUGCCUCCUGCAGUCCAGCUGGUCUUUUUUGGUUCCUCCCCUUCAAAACUCAUUUCCCUGAAGACCAGUUCAUUCCAGGCCUGCCCAAAUCCUCCCAUUUGUACCCUGGGCUUCCAGGGAGGAACAUUGCUUGGAGUCAAGUGGCUGGCUCACCCCGAAUGCCUUGAGUAAGGUGGUUUGCCUCAGGCCUCCACUUGCACAUCUGUCCAGUGGGCCUCCUCCCGUCCUAGCCCCUCCUAGUGUGGGUAUAAAUGGGGUUCGAGGAGAGAGCGUUGGGACAGUGUCUGAAUCGCCAGCUCCUACCAAGCCCUCGCCUCUGCAGACAGAAUACCAGAGCUGCAGGAGAAAGUGAAGCCCACGUCACCCAACUGCUCAGACCAGUGCGGCUCCCACUGGAGGAGUGAAUGGUGGCUCCAGGCACACCCUUGGCACUCUCAGAGGGACUCACGCCUCCCAGCACUGGAUCAUUGCCAAUGGGGGGGGCAGUGCUUCUUCCCCCCGCUGGCCUUGGGGACCCUCUUGUUAUGGCUUUCAUUCUAGCACCUCAUCCCUGAGUGCCUGAGAAUAAAGGAGAACCUGGUGGCAUUAGCCUAGGAACUAUGGGGUGAGGCUUGGGAAGGAUUUCAGGUAGAAAAGAAGGAAGACGUUCCCAUGGACUGCAUGGAUUGACCUUGAGGGAGAGACAGGAGGUGUCUCCAGGUCUCUGAGCUCUGAGGUACUCCAGAGAGGAGAGUGAGCCUGCAUCUGGUCACACUGGUCACCAAGAUUUAGGGUGAAAACCUGACCUGGCUUCUCGGUCUAACACGGAGACUCUCAACCUUGGAAUCCCGUGGGAGCUUCAAAAGCUACAGACGCCCAGGUCCCACACCCAGUUUCACAUCUGUCUGGGGUGAAGCUUGGCCCUUCAGAAUUUCCCCAGCUGAUUCUAAUGUGCAGCUGGGGCCAAGGACCCCUGACUCACUGGUUUGUGACCCUUAGCAAGUGACCUCCAUGCCCAUCUGUAAAAUGGGACUUAGAUCUCACAGGGGUGUUUUGAGGAUUUGCGAACAGAUGGAAUCAUAAUGAAUAACAUGUAUUGAGGUUAGUUGUGAAGCAGGUAUCUGGGAAGGGCUUUGCGUAAUUCUAAUCUAGACAAUAUUUCUGCAAGACAAGACAAACUCUUAUGCAAUGGGUAGAAACAUGAGCUCUGCAAACUGCCUGGGUGUGAAUCCACUGUGAUUUAUUAGCUGUGUGUUCUUGGGUACACCACCCAACUUCUCGGUUCUCUAGAUUUCCUCCCCACUAAUACAAGACAAUAACGGUACUUACCACCCAGGGUUGUUGUGGUUACGGUGAAGAUCAAAUAUGGAGGUCAAAUAAGGCACGGUUCUGAGGAUGAUUUCAUCCCCCUCCCUCCCUGGGGACAUUUGGGAUAUCUGGAAACAUUUUUGGCUGUGACAGCUGGCAGGCAAGAAUGCUACUGGCACCUAGUGCGUAGAGGUUGGGGAUCCUGCUCAACAUGCUAGAAUGUGCUCUACAAAAUAAUGAUUCAGCCCACUGUCAACAGUGUAACCUUGAAAAACCAUGAUGUUUGUAAAGACCUCACCCAGUGCGUGGCACAUAGUAAAGGCUCAAUAAACGCUCACUGACAUUGUCGAGCUUCUCUCUGCCUCGACAUCAUAAGCAAGGUGGCCUGACUCAAGGCAUGGUUCUCGGUCUGUGCCUCUGACACCUGGAAGCUGAGUCUGGCUACCUUGGGAUGCAGCAUUAACCAGAACACACUCACUUGGUGCCAUGCCCUGUGCUGACAGCUUUACACGUGUCCUCUUUCAUGACUCUACGAGAUUUCCUGCUAUUCCGAGGGCCAUUUUAGAGGAGGAAACCGAGGUUCAGGGAGGUUCACAAGUCACCAAGCUAGAAAGUGACUGUAGUUAAACAUAGGUCUAUCUGCUCUUUUAUUUUUGAGACUUUAUUAAAUUUAUGGGGGAAGGGGUGACAAUGGUUAGUAAAAUUACAUAGGUUUCAAAGUCUGUCUGCUCUUAAGGUGCAGAAGUCGCAGUGUGUCUUGAAGGCUACCAUGUUCCAGAAAAAGUAGGGUGUGUGUGCUUGUUUAUAAAAUUUCUCUAGAUAGGACCACAAUAAACUGGCAAACAAUGGUUCUCUGGGGAGAACUGGGAACAAGGGAGGGCAACUUUUCACUGUGUAUUUGGAACCAUGUGAAUGUAUUAGCUAUUCAAAAUAUAAAUAAAACUGAAAUUAAAGAGGCUGUUCUCAACAACCAGUGUUUCCUUAACUUACCUGGGUUUGAAAGUUACCUGGAGUGCUUGUUAAAAAUACAGAAUCCAGACACACCCAGGGGAGGGGCUUGGAUAUCUGCAUUUUACAAGGCAAUCUGGUGAUCCAGAAAUCGAGCCAGAUCCCAGAUCUCUGCAGAGGUCGGUCAAGAGGUGGAUCUCUUAUGGAAAUGCAUGGAAGGUGCCUUAGUCUUCUCUGGGGAGCAGUGGAGCGUUUCCCACAGGGAGCGGGGGAGGGAUGGGUCCUGGUGCCUGUGACGCAGGAUGGGGGCAAGAAGCUGUGAGAGGAAAAAGGCAGGCCCCAUUCCCCACUCAGCUCACGAAGCAGCUGCUGGCCAUGUCCACGUCUGCACAGAAGGACAAGAGCUUAAGGCCACACUUUCCCAGAACCAACUUUCACUUCAGCCAGAGCACUUUGUGUUCAUACAACCCUUUUCUGUAUUGGUUUUCUGGGACAGACAGAGCUCUGAAACUCAAAAGGCCCAUAGGGGCCAGGCGAGUUAACAGAGACAAAGCUGGCCUGGUGUGAGACAAGAGGGAGCAGUGGGGACUGUGGCAAACAUACGUCCUAAGGGAGAGGGUGGCUGCUACUGAGCUCCUGUCCAUUGCUGCUCUGUAAGGUGGGCCCAGUACUGCUGCUGGGUCUUCCUAUUUCUUAAGCAAAGCCAGACUCCGCCCAUUUAAGAUUUCUGUGAGUGCCCAGGCGCUGAGCCAGACUUUCCAGGUUCUAAUUCUGGCCAAUUACUUAACCUCUUUGGACAUCAAUUUUGUUAUCUGAAAAAUGGAGAUAAACAUUCCUGCCAAAAUGCACAACCUGAUUGUAAUAAUGAUAAAACAUCAGAGAAACCAGACUAAGGCAACAUUCUACAAAACCACAGGCCUGGUCGCUUCAAAAAUGUCAAUGUUACAAAGGACAAAGAGAGGCUGUUUCAACCCAAUGCAACCCAUGAUCGCAGAUGGAAAAAUCACUGCUAGAGAGGACAUGAUUGGGACAAAUUGGAAUGUGAACACGAACAUUCUAUUAGAUAGUAGCAUGGUAUCAAUGUCAAGUUUCCUGAAUUUGAUCACUGAAUUGUGGUUACGCAGGGGAAUGUCCUUGGUUUUAGGAGGAAGUAUUUAGGCACAAAGGGAACUAUGCAUAUGGUUCGGGGGAAAAACAUACAGCAAUCCUCCUUAUUCAUGGUUUCUGUAUUUGAGAAUUUGCCUGCUGGCUGAGGCUGAACAAGGAGACACACUGCCUUGUUUCAGCUCUCACACUGGUAAUGAAUAAGUAUCCUUUUCAUGGCCUAGUUAGUGCCAUGUUUUGUGCUUUUUGUUGAUUUCGUUGUUCAAAAUGAUCCUCAAGCAUAGUGAAGUGCUGCGUAGUGUUCCUGAAUGCAGGAAGGAUGUGAUGUGCCUCACAGAAAACAAAAAGUGUCUGUGUCAGGUAGGCAAGCUUCAUUCAGGCAUGCGUGACAGUUCUGUUGGCCCUGAGCUCAAUGCUAAUGACUCAACAACAUAUAUUAUAUAAGUUGUCUUUAAAGAGAAACGUACACAAAACAAGGUAACAUAUUGAUCAGUUGACAAUAAUAUUGCGACCAGAGGCUCACAGGAACCUAACACCGUAUUUCCCAUAGGAGCGAUAGUUUAGUAUUGGCUAAUUCACGUUCACGGUGACUUUCCAGAACAGAACUAUUGGGAUUAACAAGAAUUGACUAUAUAUAUUUUAGUGGC